AUGGAGGUUGUGAAAACUGCAGAAGUAAUGCCUCCCACAGAAUCUUCUUCGUCCUCCAACCAUGAUCAACAAUCUGCUGGGGAUGCACCUGUGAAUACAGAAAAGCAUGACAAAGUUGAAAGUAACAGUCGUUUGUCAACAACGGACAACCCUAAAUUAGAAACUACACAAAGUUCUUCUGACGGAGGCCCCUCUCUUGAGCAAAAUCAAUCACUUCCAACAGAUAAUCCGGCUUCUAGCUCAUCAGCGAUAGAGAAUGGUAAAUCACCAACUGUGGAACAUGCGUCAAAUAGCAAAUCUCCAGAACAAAAUCAACUUCUUCCAACGGAUACUGCACCCUCAAUCAUUAUGGCCAAUCAAACAGAGAAAGAUACUCACGAUGCUCCGCACAUCUCAGGAACAAAAUCACCAACAGAUACUUCAGCCUCAGCCUCAGCCUCAGCCUCAGCCUCAGUAAGUACAGUCAAUAAAACAGAGAAAGAAGUUCAGGGUCCUAAAAAUGUGGACAAUCUGCAACCCACAACACGUUCUCUGCCCAAUAUAAAGGUUGCCAGAAAUGCUGUCAAAAAAACUGAAUCCGUUUAUUCUCCUAAGAGUGCUAAGCUGGCAUAUGUGAACAAUGUAAUAUCAUCACCCAGUACAAAGUUUGCUAGCUUCUCUGCGAGAAGAUCGGUAGCCACUGAUUCCCCUAAGAGUGCUAAGAACAGAGGUCUUAUUGAUACAACUGCUCCGUUUGAAUCAGUCAAAGAAGCUGUUUCCAAAUUUGGAGGAAUUGUUGAUUGGAAAGCCCAUAGAAUCCAAACUGUGGAGAGACGCAAAAUUGUGGAGCAAGAACUUGAGCAAGCACAGGAGGAGAUUCCUGAGUAUAGGAAACAAUCUGAGGCUGCCGAAAAAGCAAAGGUUCAAGUAUUGAAGGAGCUAGACAGCACUAAGAGACUCGUAGAAGAAUUGAAGCUCAACCUGGAGAGAGCACAAACUGAAGAACAACAGGCAAAACAAGACUCCGAACUUGCCAAACUAAGGGUGGAAGAAAUGGAGCAAGGUAUUGCGGAUGAGGCUAGUGUUGCAGCCAAGGCACAGCUUGAGGUCGCCAAGGCAAGGCAUACAGCUGCAGUGACGGAGCUGAAAUCGGUUAAAGAGGAGCUGGAAGCGCUGCACAAGGAAUAUGCUUCUUUAGUGACAGAGAAAGAUACAGCUAUUAAAAAAGCUGAAGAGGCCGUCUCUGCAUCCAAGGAAGUGGAGAAAACAGUGGAAGAACUGACUAUUGAGCUGAUUGCCAUGAAGGAGUCAUUAGAGGCUGCGCAUGCCGCUCAUUUGGAAGCGGAGGAACAAAGGAUUGGAGCAAUCAUGGCCAAGGAACAAGAUUCGCUUCAUUGGGAGAAAGAGUUAAAGCAGGCAGAAGAGGAGAUUCAGAAACUUAACCACCAAAUUAUGUCGGCUAAGGAUCUCAAGUCAAAACUAGACACGGCCUCGGCCUUGCUACUUGAUUUGAAAUCUGAAUUAGCUGCAUAUAUGGAAUCAAGGUUAAAGGUGGAAAGUGAUGGAGGACUCUUGAAAGAUGGGCUACAGGAACCAGAGAAGAAAACUCGUACCGAUAUACAAGUUGCAGUUGCUUCUGCAAAGAAGGAGCUGGAGGAAGUGAAGCUCAACGUAGAGAAAGCAAUUGCUGAAGUAAAUAUCUUAAAGGUGGCUGCCACAUCAUUAAAAUCAGAACUUGAAAGUGAGAAAUCAGCUCUCGCCACCAUUACACAGAGAGAAGGAAUGGCAUCAGUGGCCGUUGCAUCUCUUGAAGCUGACCUGGAGAAGACUAGGUCGGAAAUAGCUCUAGUUCAGAUGAAGGAGAAAGAAGCCAGAGAGAAGAUGGUGGAGCUACCCAAAGAAUUACAGCAAGCGGCACAAGAGGCUGACCAGGCAAAGGUACUUGCUGAAACGGCUGGUGAAGAGCUGCGCAAGGCAAGGGAAGAAGCAGAGCAAGUAAAGGCUGGAGCACGUACUGUGGAAAGUAGAUUACUCGCAGCACAAAAGGAAAUAGAGGCCGCUAGGGCCUCCGAGAAGUUGGCGUUAGCAGCAAUUAAAGCUUUGCAAGAAAGUGAACAAGCUAGAAGCACCAACGAUACUGAUUCACCAACUGGGGUAACACUUUCUGUAGCGGAGUAUUAUGAGCUCAGCAAACGGGCCCAUGAUGCAGAAGAACAGGCGAACACGAGAGUUGCAGCUGCAAAUUCCCAAAUCGAGGUGGCCAAGGAGUCUGAGCUCAAAAGCUUGGAAAAGUUGGAAGAAGUGAAUCGGGAAAUGGCUGCAAGAAAAGAAGCACUCAAGGUUGCAAUGGAAAAGGCUGAGAAGGCCAAGGAAGGCAAGUUGGGUGUUGAGCAGGAGCUGAGAAAGUGGAGGGCCGAACAUGAGCAACGGCGAAAGCUUGGUGAACCUGCUCAGGCAGCAGUAACUCCCACUAAAAGCCCGAGGGCUAGUUUUGAGGCUAGGAAAGAAUCUAAGAACUUUGACCAGGCAGCUGAUUCUGCCGGACCCGAGCAAUAUUCAUCAAGCCCCAAGUAUGGACUUGGAAGCCCCAUCGAAGCCAGUCCAUCACCCACAGAAGUAAAGCAGGGAAAGAAGAAAAAGAAGUCGUUCUUUCCACGGAUUUUUAUGUUCUUGGCCAGAAGAAGGGCGCAUCAAAACAAGGCAAACAACUCUUGAUUGAAACCAGAACAUGUCUGUUGUGAUUUUUUACCUCCUUUACAAGGUUGUUUCUCUCAGAGUGACUGUAAAUGGCAGAUUGAUCUGACUGAUGUUUACUCGAGUGUACAUGAGAAUACUGGAAAAUUGUUUGUUGUAUGAUAAGUUAAUUGGAUGAUAUAGUUUUGCUCACUGUAAGGAUGUUUUUGGAGCAAAGGGUACUAUUGAGAAGGGAGAAUAAGAGAAAUUCAGUAUUAUGUUGGUUCGCGUUUGCUGUAAUGAAAGAAUUUGGGUUUGAACUUUUCAUGAGCUA